ACUUUUGCAAAAACACUGCAUUUUUAGAAACAAUAAAAAGCAUUCGCUUCGUUGAACCCUACGUUGUUCAUCAGGUUUAUGAUGAAAUAUGUCCGCAGUUUGAAUGUGAGAAUUUGAUAAAAUUUUGCGAUUCUGUUCCUCAAUCUCUUUCGACAAUUGUAUGGACAAAUACCCCUGUUCUUCUACGGUAUGUACAUCCCAGUUGGAUCGGUUUAGGAAUCCUUCGCAAACCACCAUUACGCAAAGUUCUGUCUCAUACCCAUAAUGUGUGUGAUUCCAUCAACAAAAAAUUACAGGACAAGGAAAGGAAAACAGAAAGUCAAUGUGCUUGUAUUUCUGAUUCAGUCAUCAACGGUUUGAUGACAAAGAUUUAUGAAUAUCUACAAGAACAUUGCCUUGGUAAUCCUGAAACCAAACGUAUGCUUUCAGAAACACCACUCGUACACAUAAAGGACGAGGAAAUAUAUGUCAACGCGAAACAAGUAUCUAUUGCGUUUGACGGAAAGAAACCGAUACCGCCAUAUUUGGUAGAGAUUCCGCUCCAAUACGGACGAUUCAAAGAACUAUUUCAAUAUAUUGGAACAACCGAUUCGGUUAAUUUGAGUCAAUACUCAGAAGUGCUGCUUCGAAUUCAAGCCGAAGUCAAAUUAAACAUGCUUGGACCUGAUCACAUACGGGACGUGUUGACUGCGUUGAGAAGUAUCAUGACGUUGCUAGAAGAGAAGAGCUUAGCCGAUAUUGAAAAAUCCAUGGAGGAAGUUGAUACCCUUUUUUUACCUACCUCUGAAAAACGUUUGGCAAAAUCAACUGACCUUGUGUUUGUUGAUAAACCAAAGCUUAGAUCACAGGUUAUGCAAAACGCCAAUCAUGGUAUACUGUUUAUGCACAGUUUGAAGGAUUGUCACACACAAGAAAAUCUCAUCUUAAAAUUACCAGAGAACUUUAAACCAAGAGUGUUAAGUUCAAUCGUACAGGAAUGCCUUUUAUCUUCUUCGAAUAAUACCAAACAGGAUACGAAAGUUGAACAAUUAGGAGCAUUUUUAGCGUCUUCAAGAUUUUUGAACGUUAUAAAAAAAAUAGGAAAUUUCAGUGACGAAGAUUUUGAAAUCUACCGUCAACGGUUGCUGAAAAUACAGCUAGUUUCCCUCUCUGAGAUCACAACCUUCCUUAUGAUGGAUGAUAGACAGAUUCCAGACACAGAAGCUCUGCAGAAAUGUUUUUACUCGGUCGAGAAAAGCGAACCAAAACUAUAUUUUGUAGCUGACGACCAAGGAGUAAGGCUGUGGCUGCAAGACGUUGGACAAACACUUUUUGGAACUCUCUCAGAUUGUGUAGAUAACAAAAUCGCACCAGAAAAAAUUCGUGAACUGGUUGAUUAUAUGGAUUAUCCAGAAAGAUUCAAAAAGUACUGCCAUGAACUUUUAGAUGAGGAAGAAAACGAAGAGGAUGAGUUCUUAGCGUACUUUCCAGGAAAACUAGUGCCCCUUGAUCUGCACGAGUUACUAGAGAAUGAAAUCACUCUGCUAAAAGUUGGGGAUUUAGUCGCCUAUGAGAAGUUUGAUCCAUUAAUUGAUGGUGACGAAACCGAUACCAGUACUGGAGCUGUAUUUAUUUUUUCGAGAAUAAUAAAAAUAUUACCAGCAGCUAGUCCAAACGACUGGCUUCAGAAAUACGAAGUCAAUUUCGGUCAAGGCAUCACCGACACAGUAGUGGGAAUUCGAUUAUACAAGGUAAAAUAUCCGGAAACAUCAACAACUACGGAGUUAGUACUCCAUCAAUUUGGACACGACGGCUCUACACCUCUUAAUAGAGACAGCAUUUUUGACGAAAUUAUUGAUACGUUGUCAGAGGCAUGGAAACUGGAUGAUGCAGAUCGCAAACGGAUCAUGAAGAGAUUGUUGCUGUUAUGGCAUCCUGACAAUAACUUCGGUAAGGGUAGCACCCAUCAGAAGUUUUGUAAGGAUGUUACACAAUUCAUCUUAGAUGUAAUGCAACGCCUUAACGAAGGAGAACAGUUUGGUACUUCUAGAUUCAGCUCAACGGACGGGCGCAAGAACAGGCAGAAGGAGAAGCGAGACUACAGUGACUGGAGAUACGGGAAAUGCUCGGAGAAAUUGCAGGCAUUCGGAGACAGGGUGUCAUCAAUACACAGAGAAAACCAUAGACACUUCACCGAGUCGUAUGCAGUAAAAAGACACUAUGUUCCAAACCCUCAACCUGCAGAGGCAAAGAGGUGGUUCAGGCAAGCUGAAAUGGAUUUCAAAUGUGGAGUAAAUUCAUUAAAACUGAACAACACAACAGAAUGUGGUUGUCAAAGCAUGGAGGACUACAACUGGAUUUGCUUCAAAUUCCACCAAGCUUGUGAGAAAGCCUGCAAAGCGUAUAUGUACUGUAUCGAUGAGAGGAAAGUGACUCAUUCUCACAACUUACGCAGUAUCAUCUCGUCGGUGGCCGGAAACGAGCAGCUCGCAGUCUGGAUACAAGACGUAGAAACUCUUGUUGGAAGUUACUCCAGAAUGCGUUACCCAGAUGUGAUGGAUUAUCCUAAAAUACCAGGAACAUCGUACACAGAGGAACAGGCAACCACAUUGAAAGGCUUAACAGCGAAAAUAAUGGAGGAGAUAGCAAAUAAAUUGUAACUUCCUGAACACUCCAAUAUUUCUUCACUGCAACACUGUUUCUACGAUACAACACUGUCAAAUCGUCAUUAAAAACUAUUAUAAAAUAGUUAAUCCUUUUAUCAUAAGUGCAUAGUUAACAAUUAUUUUGCAACCAAAAUGACGUUAAAAAGUAAUGACAACGCUAGAUUUCGAUUUUGAAAAAGUCAUGUAAGCUUUUUCAAUUUUCACUUCAUUUUGAUGUUAUUAAGUGAUGAUCUAAAAGACGCAAUGUUGGCAUAUUUCAUUUUUUCAAUGCGUUGGAUGUUAUGAAAGGGUCCAUUGAUUUAAGCAUAAAUGAUCCCAGUGUAGUUGGAACUAUAUUGUACGUACGUUGUGUUUUUGUAUUUAUUAAGACAUACUAUACUAACAAUAUCGUUUUAUUCUGUGUUUUACUCAGUAGAAUCGUUAUCUUAAUGUUUGCUUAAUAAUAUUGUGUAGACUUUCCUUUAUGCGCUAGAAUGACGUAUACAUGUCGGCAAGUGGUUUAUAAAAACACAUGAAUGUGUUAAUUUGUUAUGUUAUGCAAUGUACAUAGUUGAUAUAUUUCAAAACGAUAGAACAACUAACUAUUUUGCACGUUUUUUGUUGUAAUAAAUUUGAGGUUUACUUGCAAUCUUUAAGCAACAAAAGAAAUAAUAUGAAUAUAUAUCUGUACAUUUUAUAAUGUUUUGUAAUAUAUCGCUAUUUAGACUCCAUAUAUUCAUAUUAUAUAUAAGUAGUAAUAGCUAAAAAUUCCGCUUAUUUUUGCGAACAGUUAUGAAUGUCAAGUCUUAGUCAUGUCUCCCAUUCGUUGAAAAACUCACAAUAACAAUAUUUAAGUACAGUUUUCAUUAUCAUUAUUAAAGAAAUCAUUGGAAAUCUAACUUCGUAUCUUAGUAAGAGGAAAAUAUAUACCAAAACACACCAGACUCGAGGUGUAACCAUAGAGGUAUGUGUAUCACUAUGGUUAUUGUUAUUGUGUUUAAGAUGUAGUUAAGUCGGUUUAUAGAAACUAUAUGUUACAAAUGACAUCGAUGUAUUGGAAGUAUUUAGAAAAGGGAUCGAUUGUUAUAAAGUAUACUGCACUAUUUUGUAUAUAUUUUAUCAUAUAUUCCAUUUUAUUGUAUUAAAAACUAAGUUUUGACAGUCUUGAUAUGUAAAUACUAUCUUAUUAUAUUAAAUAUGUAUUUUUUGUUUGAAGGUUUUGAUAUGCUUGAUUUGCAUAUACUAGGUAUCAAUAUUUAAUAUGUAAUUUUUGUUUAAAUGUUUUGAUAGACUUGAUUUGCAUAUAGUAGCUAUCUAUAUUAAA